CAAAGUAGAUGAAGCGAGAAAAAGCACAGUCACCAAAGUGGAAAUUCGUUUCUGGAGUUUCGCUCGCUGAGCUUUGAAUGCCGACUGUGAGUAACAGUUCCUGUUAUCUUUCUUCGUAAAAGGACAAGUAGAAAGCUGCGAACAACUUGUUUGUUUGACAGACUUCCGAAGAUUAUUUCGAGAGAUUUUAAUUCUAAUUUCGUGUUGUUCAUUUCUACGGAAAUAACAAGAACGAAACCACAAGAACAACUCAAUAUCAUCAAAGACUCUUUAUAAAUUGACUUCAACGGUCUUGUACCAACCACAGAGACGGAAACUGAAUAAUUUGUAACGUCGAGGAGAAAAGCAGAUUUGCUAAUAUACUUUCAAUUCGGCGAUAAAUUCUGCAGAAAUGGCAUUUAGUUCAAAAUCUUUGCUGCUUGCUCUGGCAGUGUUUGGGUGUGCUUUGGUUUACUUCACCGCGCCAGUGUCUGGUGCGGAUGUCAACUGCGCUAAAUUCACCAAUUCGUCCUGUGAUAAGUGCACUGAUAACUCAGCCUGUUAUUAUUGUAAAUCCACUGGUGUUUGCUCCCACUAUCCUGGUUGGACCAAACUCGUCCCUCGAGAUUGCCCGCAUAAGCAAUGGUUCUACGGUCAGUGCAAAAUUUCUGGUUUCAUCCUUAUCAUUCUCGUCCCGUCUUUGGUGGCGUUGUUUCUGUUGUUCUUCGGCUGUUGCAUCUACUGUUGCUGCUGCCGUAGAUGCAGCAAGUGGCGAAAGAAACGACACGACAAAGAGGAGUUGAAGAUGAAGCGAAAGCGAGACGAGAUGACUGCUCUGCACUCUCAACGCAAGACAGAAAGGCAGGCGAAAGCCGAUGACAUUCGCAAGAAGUAUGGUCUACUUCCAAGCAAAUCAUCUGGCUACGAAAGACUCGAUGAUAAUUGAAGUGUUAUUUUCACUUUAUAAGAUCUUUCGAGAUAUGGGCAUGACUGGAUGUGUAUAAAUAAUGGAAUUUGUAGUAGUAUAACAGCUUUCGUCUUCAUAAGACUAUUUUUUUUGUGGAAACACCAUGCAGAAAUAAAUAUUUUUCAGAUAUUUUUCUACAGAACUUUAAAGCUGAGGUACUAUAUAACUUAUUUAGUAGUAGUUUGAGAAUAAUGGAACAAGUAGGUUCAGCUAAUCAGAAUAAUUAACAUUCAUUUAUUGUAGUUCUCUCUUGUUUCAUGUUUACACAAGUUUCAAUGGUUUAUUUUGCGCUUUGUGUAAGCUAUCAGAAAUCUACAGGAAUUUUCAUUUUUUUUCCCUUUUUUUUUAAACCAGAAUUAUGUAUGUAUUUUAUCACCAUAUAUAUUACCAUGGUACAAGUGCCAUUACCAUAUUAUCUUAGCUGACAUCCUACAAUAAUUAUAAAAAAAAUCCAUCAUGGAGGGAAUUAACCAUUCAUGUGUGAAAUUUAUCACUUUGAGCAACUAAGUAGGUUCACUAAAUAUGAACAUUUUAGUAUAAAAUGUUGCUGAGGUAACAUCCAGAAUGAAUAGCUCAUACAGUUUAGUUUGAGGUUUUGCAAGUUAAACCACAAUCAUGACAGGCCAUCAUGACUUACUCAUGGAAAAGAAUAGCUCUUUGCCAAAAAUAUCUAAAAAGUAGACAAACUA